AUGGCUCUUCUGCACCAGUACCUGCACCAGACUGUGUCUGUUAUCACCAAUGAUGGUCGUGUGCUUGUGGGGGUGCUCAAGGCCUUUGACCAGGUGACCAACGUGGUGCUCGACGAGUGCCACGAGCGGGUGUACUCGCUCGAUGCUGGUGUCACCACCCUCCCGCUUGGAGUCUACAUUCUCCGUGGCGACAAUGUGGCCAUGAUUGGGGCAAUCGAUGAAGAGCUGGACGCGAGCCUGGAUCUGUCGCAGAUCCGAGCAGCACCGCUGCCGCCCAUUGUGCACACACUGAUGUGA